UUUGGCUCCCCCAUGUGUAAGAGAGUCUUACGCUUCAUAAAAUUUUGACUGCUUUUUUAGAGUGUAUCAAUAGUGUAUCAAUGCCAUUUUUUCCUUUUCUUUUUUAUGACUAUGCUUGGAAGAGAGAGGUCAUUCUUUUUUCCCCACUUUUUAAAAUUUGAACCAUUUCUUUAAAAUCAAAAAGUGUGAUGCUUUAGUGCAUUGUUUUAAUGUAAAACCUGUGCACAUGAAUUGAACUUUCCGUGAAGACUUUUUAACCUUUCAAAAAUGCUUUGGUUUGUACAAUUUAGAGGUUUUGAGGGUUUUUUAAAAUUCUAGUGAUCAGCAAUUCCCUAACAGUUAUUAAAAAUGUGGUGACAUUUAAAAACAUGUUUUACAUUAUGGAAUAAACUUGAUGAUCUAACCAUUAUUUACCUAAACAGGAAUGUGAAAUAGAAAAAUGGCAGAACCAGAACAUUCUGAACCUAGGAAGAGAAUAUGAAUUCUGCUGAAUUAUUUGAUGAUGAAGACAAUGCUGAAGUUAUCAAAAGUAUUAUGAAAGUAGAAAUGGACAAAGAAGAUGAAGUCUUAGAUUGCUCUGUAAUUUCAAGACCUGAAAAAAAUUCAUUGGAUGGUUUAGUGACUUGUCUGCAAGAUACCAACAAACGAAAACGGGCCUCAUUUGGCUGUGAUGGGUCAGGAAGCCACCAAGAAAUCCUACCAAGUGUGAAAAAAAGAGGAUUUACACAAGAGGGACUUAUUACAAACCUGAAGCACAGAGAUGCAUCACCUACUCAAGAAGAUGCAGAACAGCCAAACAAGAGCAAGAGUGUAACAUGGGCUUGUGAAGAAGAAGCUUUGACUAACACAGUCAUGCCAUCAUAUAAAAAACCUUUGUAUGGCAUUUCACACAAAAUUACAGAGAAAAAGACAGUGCCUGGAACUGAGCAGUUCUCAUCCUAUGAUUUGUUUGAAAAGAUUAAUCCUAGCAGUCCCUCCAGUCUUCGGACUUUGAAUGAGCAACGCAAAAGAGAUACAAAUGCUAUUACAGCUGCAGGUUCCGAGUCUGAUCCAAAUAUAUAUUCCUUGAUACAAAAAAUGUUUUACACACUGAAUACCUUAAAUUCAAAUAUGACUCAGCUUCACAGCAAAGUAGACCUGCUAUCACUAGAAGUCAGUAGAAUUAAAAAGCAUGUCAGCCCAACAGAUACAGUAGCAGAAUUCAGACCACCUCCUGAAUACCAACUCACUGCAUCAGAACUCAAACAGAUCAUGGACCAGAGUACAUCAGGUGGAGAUUUGGCUUGCCGAUUACUUGUACAACUUUUCCCAGAGCUCUUCAAUGAGGAUGAGUUAAGCAGGACCUGUAGUACAUGUGGUUAUCUUAACAAAAAGAAACUUGAGUCAUUACAUCUGCAACUCAUCCGAAAUUAUGUGGAAGUCUGUUAUCCUUCUGUGAAGAAUUCUGCUGUUUGGCAGACAGAGUGUUUGCCUCAGGUCAAUGACUUUUUCAACAGCUUUUGGGCUCAGAGGGACAUGGAAAACAGUCAACCAGAUAUACAGCCCUCCAGUUUUUAUGAGACUGAUCAGGUUAUUGAUGAUAAGGAAGAUGAAGAAGCUCAACCCAUGGAGAGGAGCAGUUCUGUUGCCUCUGAAUGGGUAUUUGAUGCUCAGGAUAUAAAUGAAUUUUUAGAUGAAGCUUCCUCUCCUGGAGAAUUUUGUGUCUUUUUGCUACACAGGUUGUUUCCAGAACUGUUUGAUCACAGAAAGUUAGCUGAUAGAUACAGUUGUUAUGGAGAAUGUGGGAAACAAGAGCUUGAUCCUCAGAGACUUCAGGUAAUCCGCAGGUACACAGAGAUAUAUUUUCCUGCUAUGCAGGAGAGAAAGGCCUGGUUACAGCAUUGUGUUCAGCGAAUAAAUGAUGAACUCGAAAAUAUGUAUCUAGAUGACAGUGAGAAUGAACAGAUGAGAGAGGAUUGCUAUGAUUCUUCAAGUUUACCCGAUGAUGUGUCUAUUGUAAAAGUGGAAGAUAACUUUGAAUAUGAAAGGCCAGGGAGAAGGUCAAAGAAGAUUUGGCUUGUCCCAAUAGACUUUGAUAAGCUUGAUAUUCCUCCCCCUGAUUUUGAAGUCCCUAUUUCAGACUACCUGUUAAGCAAAGAACAGCUUAAAAAUAUAUAUGAAAGCAGCUUGUCUAUAGGCAAUUUUGCGUCUCGGUUGCUAGUUCACUUAUUCCCUGAAUUGUUUACUCAUGAAAAUUUAAGGAAGCAAUAUAAUUGUAGUGGCUCUCUGGGCAAGAAACAGCUUGAUCCCAUUAGAAUUAAAUUAAUUCGACACUAUGUACAAAUGUUAUACCCAAGAGCCAAGAAUGAUAGAGUGUGGACAUUAGAAUUCGUUGGGAAGCUUGAUGAAAGAUGUCGUCGCAGAGAUACAGAGCAGAGACGCACAUACCAACUGCAACGAAAAGUCCAUAUGCCAGGGCCUGAAAGGAGAGAAUUUCUGACCUAUGCAAUAAACUCAGAAAGAUUUAAAGAAGAAUUUGAAGGACCGCCAUUGCCUCCAGAAAGAAGCAACAAAGAUUUUUGCAAGAUACCACUUGAGGAGCUUAUUGUUCCUCCUCCAGACUUUCCUGUGCCUUCUCUGUAUCUGCUGUCUGAUAAAGAAGUAAGAGAAAUAGUACAGCAGAGCCUUUCAGUUGGUAACUUUGCUGCCAGGCUUCUAGUUAGACUUUUUCCAGAGCUCUUUACUUCAGAUAACCUCAGACUGCAAUACAACCAUUCAGGGGCUUGUAACAAAAAGCAGCUUGAUCCUGUCAGACUGCGACUAAUCCGUCAUUAUGUUGAAGCUGUUUAUCCUGUUGAGAAAAUGGACGAAGUGUGGCAUUAUGAAUGUAUACCAAGUAUUGAUGAAAGAUGCAGACGUCCUAAUAGAAAAAAGUGUGACAUAUUGAAAAAAGCCAAGAAAGCAAAAAAGUGAUGGGAUCUCAUGAGUUUCCAAAGAUGUUGACUACUUAAAUUAUUUUGAAGCAGAUUGAAAGGUCACUCUGUUUUAGACUGAGACUACUCAGUAUAUUCACUCAGCACUAGGACAGUUGACCAGUAAAAUUAUUCUGGGCAUAUGGGAGGUACAGUCCUGUAGGAAUGUAUCUUACAAAUCAAUCCUAUUGCAAUGAAUGCCUAAUGUGAGAGAACAUGUUUUAUAAUGGUAUGCCUUUAUAUAGGCAAGGUUCUUGAUAGAUGGUGCCCUUACUCCCUACCUAGGUACACAGCAAGGAACUAUAAAUUAUUAGAGAUGAUCCAGUAAUAUCUCAUUUAAAUAUAAUAUUCAUCAGUGGAAACAAAUUACAUAGCUUUUAAAUUUGUAAUUGAUUUUAACAGUAAGUAGUUUUCUGCUCUUUAAGGCAAUUUUCAUUAGGUACCUUUAAUCAAUCAUUUGGAAAUUAACCAGUUUUUUUAAUCUUUCAAACAUGUAGUUUUUGAAGUGCCACACUCUUUGAAAAGAGUAGAAAAUCAAGAUAGCUUCUUUGCUAAUCAUAGCUAUUCCUUGUAUUAGUUUGAAUAUCAGAAGAAUGAAACUAUUACAAAAUCAAUGGAAAAUUAGAAUUUUUCUUUGACAGUUUUCCAUUUUGUAGUUGAAGUGUAUAAAUGUUAAGAUUAUGAUCAUGGCAUUAUUUAAUAAGUGUGUUUAUGUUAAGAUUGUAGAAGUGAUGCUUCAGUUUUUAUUCAUAUAAGUUAUUUUAUUGUCUUCCGUGUGACCUCUUGAUAGAAAAAACUACUGCUAUGAGUAGAGGUUGUAAAACAGAAUCCUGCUCUGUAUCAGUAGAACAUGGUGCUAUUACUUGUUCUCACUAUUUGCAGCAUAAGUCUUACAUGAAGUGAUACUUGAAUUGAAGAAUGUACAAGAGCAUUUAAGCCCAUUUUGUCAGUAAAAUUACUGCAGCCUUUCAAAUGUUUACGAUAUUAAAUAUAUGUACCUAUUUGGAAUUAUGUAUACCAAGGGCCCUUUCCACUGUAUGUUGAUUUUAUAUCUCCUAGUAUAGUAGCACUCAGAAAAUUUUAAUAUCAUGGAGACGAUGAACUUUUCUUUCAUUAGUUAACCUUAACUAAUAGUUAAUUUGGAAUCACUUUUUAUACAGUUAACUUCAGUUCAGGUAAUCAGAAUCAUUGAUUGUAUGUUUCCAUUAAGAACAGCCAAACUCCAAUUUUUUUGCCUUGAAUUUCAUGGAGUUUGCUGCAUCAUGUCAAGACUUUAUUUUCCUCUUUCUUUGGUAAUCAUGAGGUUCUCAUGACAAGGAAGAAUAAAAUCACUUGCUCCAAACCAUUGUUUUCUUACUGGGUUUCUUCUAGAGAAACUUACCUGCAAUUUAAUUCUGUUGAAAUCAGCAAUGACUAACAUAUUCGAUUCACUUGUCCCAUUGAUUUCAGGAUGACAAAAUUAUGCAUUCAAAUAGUUGGAUUUCUGAAAAGUCCAUGGAGUUCUCCAGCAUUCAGUUCAGUGAAGGAAACCAAUCCCUCUCUGUGGACUACACACAUAAUAGCUUCAUGUGCGCAUUGUAUUCUGGACUGGGAUGUUUGUCUGAAGCUAGUAACAAUGAUAACCUAAUACUAGUCAUUUCUGAUCUGACACACUCAUUUGAUACUUAAUGUUAGUGAUGUUAAUGUAGAUCAAGUUAUCAUAUAUUGAAAUACAAUUUAUAUGUUAGCAGCUGAAUUAAAUGUGAUAUUUUAGUACCAGUUUUAAGACUAUGUUGCUUCCAUUAUUACACUGAUAGCCUUUUUUAAAUGCCAAGAAUGGUCUGGCUCUACUGAGACUACUUACUGGUAGUCAGCUGCUAACCAGUUUCCCUUAUGAGUUAGCAACAGCAUCCUAAAAGCGCAUGUGUAGGCCCCAUCAAUGAACUACCUGCAUCCUAAUCAGAGCCAAAAGAACAGUUUUCCAAAGAUAGUGAUCAAAAUGCUUGCAUUUUCUUUUAUAUCAAUACACACUUAGCAGAAUGAAUCUUUCAAAUUAUGGGAGCAUUGUUUUAGUUGUGUGCUAUCUAGUAACACCAACUUCUUUGAACAGCAAAAUAUCAUGAAAAUGGCAAGUUAGUUAGUCUUAAUAUGUAACUAUAUUUGUUCUGUAAUUCAAACUCUGUAUACAUAUAUAUUUUUGUAGUUUGCUGUGUCUCUGAAGUAGCAGCCCUUAGGGGUAACUUGAGUCUUGUCCAUUUUAGAGCACUGGAAAGGGUUUCUUUGUAAAAGCUGAAUUAACAUCAAUGGUUUUGACAAAAUGAUGUGAUGAAACUAACAGUGCAGUCCUACAGGUGUACACAGAAAUAAUCAUUAUUGAUUCAGUUCUCAUGAUCAGCACAGUCCACUAUGGCUUAUUUAAGUUGUGCUGGGUUGCAGUACAUGCCAGUGACUAUACUUGAAUACUGAACAACCCACAUGCUGUUUUGGGGUUGUAGGUAGGUAGUCUCUCCAACAACCCUACCAGAUUUGGAUGGCAUGGUAAGCCACAGCAAUUGCCCACUGCAGCUUAAACAUUAGGGAUGCAGUUGGCGCGGUGGUUUAAACUGUUGUGCUGCUGGGUUGGUUGAUCCAAAGGUUGCCAGUUCAAAUCUGCACAAUGGGGUGAGUUCCUGUUGCUCCGUCCCAGCUUAAAUAUUAAAACUGGCCCCCAGCAAGCACUACAACCCACCAUUGUUCAAAUAAGCCACUGUGGUUGUAACAAUCAUGAACUAGCCCAUUGAGUUCAUCAGAACAUGAUCUCUGAUGUCUAUAGGAUUGCUCAUUCUCUCUAGUUUUGAUAACAUUUUAAAUACUUGAUUGGGUUUAGAGUAACUUUUAUCCCAUAUGAUUUGGUGAGGAAAUACAGGCUGCCUGAUUCACUGGAAAUUAGUAACAUUGUACUGAAGCAUCAGAGUGCUAUUUCUCUUAAUACCAGUAAACUAUGAAUUGUGUAAACUUAGAGCUGCUAUAUGUCAUAACAAUACUUCAGAAGCAACACAUCUGAAAAAUGAGAAAGCAUCUGACUGGCAAAUAUCUUUGAAGAUGAUGUCCUCAAAGGGGCCUCUCCUGUAGAUCUUCUGCCAAAUUUCAUUUAAUAACAUUUUAUACAGAUCUUAACAUAUACCACAUGCUAUUGUAGGAAACAUUGGUUGUUUCCAUUGUUAAUGAGUGAUGAAGCAAAUUAAAGGCAUGUUACAUCUCA